CAGCACCUUAAUUCUUUUAAUUUGAACAAUUGUAACGACCAUUUCGCAACAUGCGAACGUAAAGCUUUAUAUUUUUGGCUGGAGAUCAGCACAUCCCAUUCAAGAAUUGAAGGAAAUUAGCAAGUUUUGCAGUCAUGGGUGUCACCGGGCUUUUGCCUUUCCUGAAAAAGGCCACAGAACCUGUUAAUGUGAGUCAACUUGCCGGCAAGACAGUGGCGAUUGACGCGUACGUGUGGCUGCACAGAGGUGCCUUCUCCUGUGCUGACAGACUCGCUCAAGGAGAAAAGACCCUUGGGUUUGUUGGAUACGGUCAGAAAAUGCUGAACAUGCUUUUGGCUAACAAGAUAAAGCCGAUUUUAGUUUUUGACGGUCGCCGACUGAAAGCCAAGGAAGAUACAGAGAAGAAGCGUCAUGAAUCUCGUAAGCAAAACAAAGAAAAAGCUGAAGAACUGAUGAGAGCUGGCAGGGUAAGCGAAGCCAGAGAUUAUUUGAGAAGGAGUGUUGAUGUGAACCACAGCAUGGCAAUCGAGCUGAUCAAAUUGGCCAGGCGAUUGGAUGUUGAUUAUAUCGUCGCCCCUCACGAGGCAGAUGCUCAGCUGGCGUUUUUAAAUAGACAGGGAAUUGCGCAGGCUAUUAUUACAGAGGAUUCUGAUUUGAUCCUCUUUGGUUGCACGCAGAUUUUCUACAAACUUGACAUAAAUGGAAACGGAUUCAUGGUGAGGGCAGACAAACUUCACUUGACGCUGAACAGACCCCACGAAUCUCCAGAGCAUCUGUUGACAAAGUUGCGGCAUAUUUGUAUCCUCUCUGGCUGUGAUUAUGUCAGCUCUCUUCCAGGCGUUGGCUUGGUUAAAGCUAAAAAAUUUGUCAUGGCCACCAGUGAUCCUGAUUUUCUGAAUGCAAUUAAGAGACUUCCUAGUUUCUUGAAUUUGAAGACAAAAGUUGACGAGGAGUAUAUCAAGAAAGUUGCAAAUGCAGACUUGACCUUCCAAAAGCAAUUGGUUUUUGAUCCAAGGAAGAGGCGACUGGCUACGAUUGAUGGCCAAGAAAUCGGAACGGGGCCGUUUUCUGGAACCCUGAUGAGUGAUGACGACGCAUUCCAAUUAGCUAUUGGCAACAUUGACCCUCACAACAUGCACAAAGUGGCCAACUUUGACAUGAACAACAUGCCCUCGAGUAGCAUAUGGAGCGGAAACUUCACCGUGCCUGAUCUCAGAUACGACGGACCAGUCACUGCCUUUGUCACAACUCCAAAACCUGUUCUAGCAGCUCCGAUGAAAACCCCAACUCCAAAGCCUAAAAUGGUGGCCAGGCCAUCAACUUGGAUGCUUGAUUUGGAAUUGACUUCGCUCUACUCGACCAAACCUGAAGGCAAACUUAAGUCUGAGGUGGAGUGCAGAGUAGGGAAUGAAGUGAAAGUUUGCUCCUCCUACUUUUCCUCUGAAGCCAAGGAGGACAGCGACAUGAAGACGCCAAGCUCUCAAAGCUUGAUAGAGCAAAUUGAGAACAGUCCAACGAAGCAAUCUCUAACAAUUCACGAUCCAGGGAGAAUCGCAUCAAACCCUUUUGCCAGGAAGUCGAGUGUGCCACUUUCUCCUAUCAUCAAUAGGUACACAUUGGACAGAAGCACGCCGACAUCAGUCAAAAGCCCAUUCAAGUCUACGCCAGCAGUGAACUUAGAUUCUGGACUGUCUUCUCUGGACGAGACUGACCCAACAUCUCAGACUGAAGAGUCUUCCUUCAGCGACCUUGAAUAUUCAGAUUUAGCACCUUUGAAGCCCAACUUGUCAAGAAUAAAAUUCCGCAAGCCUCUUUUCAAUAAGAGCAGUGACGUUAGCAGUCAAGCUCUUAAGUCUCCAGUGAAGUCUCCUAUCAUCCACAAGAGAAAGAGAAAUGAGAAAUUGUCCCCAUUUAAAAAGCGGCUAAAUGUCAGCCAGUACUUUUGCGAUUCUAAAUCUAUCAUGGAUCUCUUUAAUGAAGAUGAUGGAAAAGAUAUUGCUGACAUAAGUGAAUCAAGCAAUAAUGUCAAACACACUCCAGUUUUUGCCCCUGUGCCAAGAUCUAAUGGCGUGGACAGAAAAUCAGCUGGAGGGUCUGCUCGGAUUCCAGGGCUGAAGAAGAAAUCUAAGGUAGACUCAAAGCAGUUUUCUCUUCUGACAUUCGGGUUUUCCAAGAACUGAGUGGCUAAACUGCAGUGCUGAACGCACUAUCGUAACUAACCUCUCAAACUCAUAUCUGCCAUUAAUCAUUGUGAUAAACCACGAAUGAGUCAGUUAUUCAAUGUGUAUCCUGCGGGCUUCAUCAAAUUUAAAUGUUGUUUUCCUAGACUAUUAAAUAAUGCCUGUUGUGUCAUGCACGGAGAUGUGUCUUCUAGAUUUAUGUUAUAAUUGAUUCACUAAUAAAACUAGUGCCGCAAGAUAUCGAAAGUUAAAAUAAUCAAACUUUGCAUGAUUA